AUGCCACCCUACACAACCACCCAGAAACAUCAAAUCGCUGAGUUUAUCAGCUGCACACGGACAAAGGAGUCUGUUGCUACUAAAUUUCUUAAAGCAUGUGGUUGGAGUUUACCUCCAGCACUUGACGCUUUCUUCGCCGCUGCGUCUGGCACCGCUGCACUCAUGACCUCAGAACUUACAAAGACCUUCGAACGCUACCGAGAUGACCCAAUCGAAAGCCCAGAUACCAUCGGUAUCACGCGAGCAAUAGAUUUUCUCGGUGAUUUGAAUGUCGAGCUCGACGAAGUAACCUGCCUAGGCAUCGCCGAGCUACUCCAGUCACCAUCGAUGGGCGAGUUCACCCGCCAGGGAUGGACGGACGGAUGGCUGAAAGCUCGCUGCGAUAAUAUGCCAAAAAUGCAAGCGUACGCUAAGCUCCUCCGGGAGAGAAUCCCUCGAGAACCAGAGACCUUCCGACGAAUCUACAGAUACACAUUCCCUCUCUCACGAAUGCAAGGACAGCGCAACCUUCAAUUCGAAAUCGCCGCUGAGCAGUGGCGUCUCUUCUUCACGACUGAUCAUGGCGGUGUGGCGUGGAACACUGAAACGACGCCGUGGCUGGAUUGGUGGAUUGAGUUCCUUGAAGAGCGCGGGAAGAAACCUGUUAAUAAAGACCUGUGGGAACAGGUUGAGGUGUUUAUGCGCAAGAGUCUGGAGGAUGAGGAGAUGGGCUGGUGGAGUCCUGAGGGAGCUUGGCCCGGUGCCCUGGAUGACUUUGUUGCUUGGGUGCAGGCUAAGAGGGGGAAGGGGUCGGAGAUGGAGGUUGAAUAG